AUGAACAUCGACACACCAGAGCUGCUGCUCAGAGAGAAAAAGGCUCAGAAACCUCGGGAAAAUUUAGAAACAAUUGAAUUAACAGAAGGCUCUGAGAUGUGUGUGAAGCUGGGAACAGAUUGGCCGAAUGAGCACCGAGAAGCUAUCAUAGCUCGGAUAAAACAAUACGUGGAAGAGAGUUUCUCUCUAGAGAAACAAAUAGCUAUCCGGGAUGAAGUGGAUAAGCUCCUGAAAGCUGGUUUCAUCAGGAAAGUAGAUUACCCAGAGUGGUUGGCCAAUGUGGUGUUAAUCAAGAAGUCUAAUGGCAGAUGGAGGCUUUGUAUAGAUUUCACCGAUCUAAACAACGCCUGCCCGAAAGACAGUUUUCCUUUGCCAAAUAUCGACCAGUUAGUAGAUGCAACGUGUGGUUUUGCAGUCUACGCUUUCUUGGACGCUUCCCAGGGAUAUCACCAAAUCCCGAUGAACAAGGAUAAUGAGGAGAAGACAACAUUUACAACAGACCUGGGAACAUAUUGCUACAAGAAGAUGCCUUUCGGUUUGAAAAAUGCCGGGGCAACCUACCAAAGACUCAUGAAUCAUGUGUUCAAGGAUCAACUGGGCAAGAAUGUCGAGGUCUAUGUAGAUGACAUAGUGGUGAAAUCCAGAGGAAUCGAGGAUCACGCAGGGGACCUGGCAGAAACGUUUGAGAAGUUGAAGAAGUUCAAUCUAAAGCUAAACCCGGAUAAGUGUGUUUUCGCGGUACGGUCUGGGAAGUUUCUCGGGCACCUCAUCUCAGAGAAAGGAAUUGAGGCGAACCCAGAGAAAAUUGAGGCAAUAAUGAACAUGAAAGCCCCCACGUCGGUAAAAGAAGUACAAAAGCUGGAUGGAAGAGUUGCGGCACUGGGAAGGUUCAUGAGUUGCUCGGCCAAACGAUGCCUGCCAUUUUUCAAAAUCAUGAAAAAUACAAAGAAUUUCAAGUGGACAGACGAAUGCAAUACAACUUUUGAGGAAUUGAAAGUCUACCUUAGCACUCCCCCGGUGCUAGGUAGACCCGAGCCAGGAGAAAUCUUGUAUUUAUACCUCUCGGUGAAUGAUGAGACAGCAGCGGCAGUCCUGGUCAAGGAGGAUAAGGGUCUACAAACCCCGGUUUACUACCUCAGUAGAGUCCUGAAAGGCCCAGAGAUAAGAUAUCCGAAGAUCGAGAAAUUCGCUUUGGCAUUGAAGGUGGCAGCAGAAAAGCUGAGGAGAUAUUUUGAAGCUCACAUCAUAGUAGUACGGACGAACCAACCUCCGAGGAAAGCUUUACAGAGGCGAGAAAUGUCGGGACGACUGGUUAGCUGGUCGGUUCAGUUGGAAGGAUAUGACAUCCGGUACGAACCACGGCCUGCCCUAAAGGCACAAGUAUUCGCUAAUUUUAUAGCCGAGACCACGGCCAGUGAUCAACCUGAAGAAGCAGACGAGCAACUUUUGAAAUGGGUCCUAGAAGUCGAUGGGGCAUCAAACCUGGAAGGAUCCGGAGCAGGCGUGGUCCUGAAAGGGCCUCAGGGAGUUACGUUUCGGAGCUCGGUAAAAUUCGAUUUCCUGGCAUCCAACAACGCCGCGGAAUAUGAGGCUCUGUUGAUCGGACUAAGAAUGGUAAACGUGGUUAAAGCUGAGUACAUAACAAUAAGGAGUGAUUCUCAGUUGGUCGUUUGCCAAAUUUUGGGCACCUUUGAAGCCCGGGAUCCUGAGAUGCGAAGAUAUGUCGACAGAGUCAAGUUCUUCUUGAACAAGAUUCAGGAUCUAGGGGGAAAGUGGGUGAUAGAUCAAGUUCCCCGCUUAGAAAACCAACAGGCCGACGUACUGGCCAAAGCUGCAACAUUGGAUGAGAAGAUACCCAGGGUCCAUUUCUCGGUUCAAAAGCAUUCCAGCAUUGAUAACCAUGAAACCAUCUUUCUAACCCAGCCUUUGGAGAAUUGGAUGCAAGGCAUAGCCCAUUACCUGAUGGAUGGAACUCUGCCGGAGGACAGAGACAAAGCGUACAAAAUCCUGCGACAAGCUCCUUACUAUGCUUUUCUCGACGGAGUCUUGUACAGGAAGUCAUUCACCCACCCCUGGUCGAGGUGCCUGACAACAGAGGAGGGUGAGUAUGUUCUGAGAGAAAUACAUGAAGGUAUCUGCGGGGCGCAUAUAGCUCCUCGCAUGCUGGCAAAGAAAGCAGUUCUGCAGGGAUAUUACUGGCCUCGAAUGGUCAGGCAAGCUGAGGAGAUUGUAAAGAAGUGCGAGAACUGCCAGAGGCAUCAGAACAUCCGACAUGCUCCAACUACCGAGCAGUGUCCUAUCACUAGCCCUUGGCCGUUUGCAACAUGGGGGAUCGAUAUCCUGGGACCAUUCACAGCGACCACAGGGCAGAAAAAGUUCUUGAUAGUAGCAGUAGAUCACUUUACGAAGUGGAUCGAGGUAGAAGCCGUAAGCACUAUCACAGAAGCUCGGAUUCGGGAUUUCUUCGGGAGGCAAAUUGUGUGCAGAUUCGGGAUACCCAGAGCUCUGAUAACCGAUAAUGGGAAACAGUUCAAUUGA